AUGAGCUCGACACAUCCUGCGCCGACUGCGCCGACAACCUCUGGACCUUCGUCUUACGACAAAGUCAUCUCUAAGCCCCGUCCCCGCUUAGAACCUUCGCCUUUACCUCUGCAACCCUUUGAAAAUGUAUCUUCGGGCCAAGAUCGUGUCUUGAAUUCGACCUCUGCCACGUCGCACAAGGCCUCACCCAUGAAACCUAUUCGAGGUUCAAGUAGUUUGCUUUCUGGACGUGGGAAGCUGGGAUUUGUUUCCAUCACCGCUCCCCCCCCGCCAGCGUUUACAACAGAUUCGCCGUCCAAACGGCCCCCCUUCAAAUACCGCCACACUGCAACAGCACCAACAUCAUCGUCAAUGCCCCAAUCCGCUUUGUUCACGACUUUCUCGACAGUCGACCCUGGAAAAAAGCCACCAAACGAAGCACGAUCUUCAGAUGAACCCAACAGCGAUAGUUUUGCCGACUUUCCGGAACCUUCAUUCAUAUCUAAGCCUCUGAAGAGGACGCUUAUGGAGGCCGCGCCAUUGAAGGAACGACAGACCAAAAAGCAGAAGCGAGAGGGUUCUCAUACUAUGCGCUUGCCGGAACCUCAUGAAAUGCCUCCGAUAGAAGAUGACGGAACAAAGCCUCCUUAUAGUUACGCGACGCUGAUCGGCAUGUCUAUACUCCGCGCGCCCAACAGGCGAUUGACACUAGCGCAGAUUUACAAGUGGAUCUCGGACACUUUUUCGUACUACAAAAAUAGUGACCCUGGCUGGCAGAACAGCAUUCGGCACAACCUCAGCUUGAACAAGGCGUUCAUCAAGCAAGAACGGCCCAAGGAUGACCCAGGUAAAGGUAACUACUGGGCCAUUGAACCCGGUAUGGAAGCCCAGUUCCUCAAAGACAAGCCGCUGCGCCGCGCGACCAUGUCCAGUCUUCCCCUCCCUGCAGCGCCUCCAAAGGAAAUUGCACAUUCGCAAAGUUCAAGCACUACUACCUGGGCAGUCCCACAACCCACAUUUCAAGCAGCAGCAAAGCACUCGAAGUCAGUGGAUCUAUCUUCAGAUGCCACACUCCCGGCUUCCGAUCCCGCUCUUCAGGAAGACACAAGUGAUGAGCAUCCCAAUCAUUCUAUGCCGCAAACUCUUGGUGCCCGUUCCUCCCCACUCCAGCCCAUACACUCCUCACCUCCCGUCGUGCCACCCCGUUACACCCGACAAGGGACUCCCCCAACACCGUCCCAACCUAUUACGUCGUCGGGAAUCAUCUCUAUUUCAAAUAAAAGGAAAUCAACCACAAUGAAUGAUAGUGGGUACUUUUCAUCGUUGGAGUCUUCCGCUAUGCGACCAAGCAAGGCUGGGCAUAUCUUGACUUCGGACUUGGAUGUCGACCCGCCUCGCAUUAAACGUGGCCGGGCAGAGGAGGAGAUUGCUCGGAUUCGAAGUUCUUCCCAUGACAUUAGCCCAAGUCAGUGUGGCAUUUUGAAGGAUUCGGGCAUGAUUGUCGGCUCGUCUCCACUCCGUGGUGAAUAUGUCAGCAUGCUACCACCUCCCAUCACGCCUGUCAUCAAGUUUAAGAAACCUGCAAAACCACCGCCUUCAGUAUCACCGAACACCAACCUUCGAAACCACCGUAAAAAGAUUCAGCAAAUGGUCAAUUCCCCAAUAAAGCACCUAGGUCUCACCGACGAGGAUCUUCCGUGGAGCCCAGCUUUCAAUAUUCAAGAUGAAACAUUCACCCCAAAUGAAAAUUUGCACACAACCUUCGAUGUCUUUGCGGAUCCUGCCACAGAAAAUAUCUCGACAUCAACAUACGGGUCGCCAGAGAAGCGGUCUGCCAAGCGUAUUCGAACAGACGUUGGCGGGUCAAAUGGUAACAUACUGGCCGAUAUCACGGCUAUGAAUGUCAACAACAGAUUGGGUGUGCAAUCAUUGCAAUCAUCGACUAGAGCGAAAGGUCUCCUUUUCCCCGAGUCUCCCUCCAAAGUGCCCGACACAGGGCGUUAUCUUGACUCUUCGCAUGAGGACUUCUUUUCAUUUCACCUGUUUGAUGAAAGCCCAGGGGAGGUCGACGGCGUGGAUCUUCUCCAAGGGUUCCAGAAGAUCGGGGGUGCGAGCAAAGAAGAACCAUCAAGGUGUAAAUCAUAUCCACCAAGGCCUCCGUGUAGUCACCGAAACAAUACAUCGCUGUUUUGA